CAGGAGUCACAUGAUCCUGUUGUCAGUCUUUGGCCAUGCUCCUUUAAGUCGAAGUCCAAAUCAAGCAGCGCAAAUUUCGCCGUCGACACACGCUAACGCAACAGCUUUGGUCAUUUAACUGGACUUUGGAGCGCAACGGCAGCGUUUUGACCAUUUUUCUUUGUCAGUGCCCAGAGGUUUUACUCGUUUUUCCGGGCUCGUUUUGACGCUGACGUUAGCAUCCAGAUAGUUAGCAUACUAGCUCUGUUAGCUCAAGUUGUUGAGCUUUUUUUCGUCCACACUCUCACCAGCACCAACUGGGAGACAAACAUGACGACAACCGGUGGUGUCCACACACGGUGGCUGACAUUUACCCUGCAUCUUGUUUUAGCCGCUAUAGCCGCGCACCAGGGUUUGGCUACCGUGGCACCAUCCACCGAGGCGCCGCACAAAGAGCCUGGCAGACCACUGACAGGGCACUACCAGGUGACCGGCACCAAUGGCAGUGUCUGCUUGCUGGCGUACAUGGGCCUUCAGCUUAACAUCACCUUCAACUCCACCUCCUCAAACCAGACGGUGCAUGUCGUCAACCUUGAGCCCAACGCCACAAAAGCUUCCGGAUCAUGUGACUCAGACAGCGCAAUGCUGCGACUCUUGACGGACGCCAAUACAACCAACCUGACCUUUUUCUUCAUGCUUAACGCUACGUCCAAUAAGUACCACUUGAGUGGAAUCUCUCUGUCAGCAGAUUGGCCAGACAUGAAAGGACCCUUUUCCGCACGUAACAACAGCCUGGACUACCUUCGGGGAACCCUGGGAUUCUCGUACAUGUGCCACGAGGAGCAGACUCUCAAUGUGGACCAGGCCUUGUCCAUCAACACUUUCCAGUUGCAGGUGCAGCCCUUCAACCUCACCCAGAACAAGUUUGGCACAGCCGAGCACUGCCAGCUGGAUGAAGAUGACAUGCUGAUCGCCAUCGUGGUCGGGGCGGCCCUGGCUGGCCUGGUCCUCAUCGUGCUGGUUGCCUACCUCAUCGGGAGGAGGAGGAGCCAUGCUGGGUACCAGAGCAUUUGAAGUGAACCUUCCUUAACACUGGGAAUGCAUAAGCUUACUGAUAAAAAGGGAUGUUAGAUUUGUGAGGAAAUAUCUGGCAAGCAACGGAAGAAUCUUUAUUAUUGUCUUCUAUUUAUUAGUUUUGUAAAGGGAAUUCUGGAAUUUCAGGGCACCUUUUGCUCACUUUGGGUGGCAACCUAUAACGGUUGUCUUUAAGGGAC